AUGACCGCCGAAAGCGCCUUCAAUUGGGAUGUGAGCACCAGAGCUGGACCAUGGAGCAAUGAAAGAAGGUUGCCUCGUUUGGUGAAUCACAUUUUCUUUUUGAUCAUGUGGAUGGCCGGGUGCAUGUGUGUCAAUUAUCUACGAAAGAAACGGCAGCUAUGGGAAGAAGAUCAGCCGAGGGAGGCAGUGUUAAUGCUAUGGACAAUGUUUUGCUGGGAAACCUUAAAUCCAAUUCAUGUGGAUGUUACUUUGACAAGUACCACCUACCAAGAGAUUAUUGCAGACCAUGUACACCUCUUCAUGGCAAUGAUGUUCCUUGAUGACAGUGACCUCUUUCAGCAGGAUAAUACCACAUUGCAAAAAUUGUUCUGGAAUGAAACAGAAACAUUUAACCUAUCUUUUCUAAAAAAUGAACAAGGCAAGAAAAGUGGUAUUAUUAAGGUAAAAGUGCCCGCUCUUUCAAGUUCCUCACUCUUGUGCAGCAGUGGUUGGACCACAAAGGAAGCUAAUGUGGCCUGCAAACAGCUUGGAUAUAAUCAAGGUGCUGAUUCAUCGGCAGAGCAGACCUUCAUCCUUCCAGAAGCUGAGAAGAAAACAACUGAUUGCCUUUCUGUGAAAUGCAGAGGUUUGGAGACAUCUCUGGCUGAAUGUCUACUACAUAAAAAGACAGAGAUUGAAGAUAAGCGGGCUGGAGUGGUGUGUUAUCAAGAUACUCGAGAAUGUUUGGAUAAUGAGUUUAGCUGUGUGAACGGGAAAUGCAUCCCUUCCAAAAAAUCAUGCGAUGGUGAAAAUGACUGCGGUGAUCUCAGUGACGAACUGUGCUGCACACAUUGCAAUGGCAGCUUUCACUGCAAAUCCAAUACAUGCAUUCCAAACAGGUAUAGAUGCAAUAGUGAAACAGACUGUAUCGGUGGUGAAGAUGAAGCAUUCUGUGAAGAAAAAAAUGAAGAUAAAACAUCUAAACCAAUUGAUGGCAGGUCAGAAAAACCACAAGAAAAAGAGCUGGAAGAAGAACACAUUGCAGUAAACCGUGAUAUGGAUGAAGAGAGAAGGCUAGCACAGAGUUUCAUUCCAACACUGACCUGUGGUGUACGACCUCAACUGCAUACUCGACGCAAGAGAAUCAUUGGAGGAGAACUUGCAGUGAAGAACCAGUUUCCAUGGCAGGUGGCAAUCAAAGAUGGGAAUGCACUAAACUGUGGUGGAAUUUACAUUGGAGGCUGCUGGGUAUUGACAGCCGCUCACUGUGUCAGGGCAAACCAACCUCAGAAAUACCGUAUAAUGCUUGAGCUCCUAAAUUUGGUGCACCACGACCAAGACAUCGACUCCUAUCCAGUGAAAACUGUGAAGGUUCAUGAAUUUUAUAAUCCUGACACAUAUGAAAAUGACAUUGCUCUAUUGGAAGUGAUCAACAUACAUAAAAAACCAGAGUGCAUGCAAUAUGAUAAUAACCUUGUAGCUGCCUGCGUUCCAUGGUCACCUUACCAAUUUAUGCCUGGAGACCGCUGUGUAGUUUCUGGAUGGGGACGGCAAGAAGGACUAGCCAAAGUUUUUCACCUGAAGUAUGGUCAUGUGUUCUUAAUGGAAAAUUGCUCAUCAGUUUACAAGGAGCGUUUCCUUGACAAAAUGGAAUGUGCAGGCACAUAUGAUGGCUCCAUUGAUGCAUGCAAAGGUGACUCUGGAGGUCCCCUUGUUUGCUUUGAUAUUAACAAUGUUGCUUACGUUUGGGGCAUAGUGAGCUGGGGUGAGAACUGUGGAGUAGCCGGAUACCCUGGUGUAUACACAAAGGUUGCUAAAUACCAUGAGUGGAUAAGUAGGAUUGUUGGAAGGUCACUUAUUAGUAAAUACAACACAUGACAUUGCCUACAUGCCUAGAUACAGUGUAAAAAUAAAUCAAUUAAUAUCAGAAAUCUGUUCUAUAACAUUUAUCCAUAUAAACGUUCACAUGUGAUUGUCUUAUACUGUUUUGCAUUAAUUUGACUUUAAUAAACAUCCAAUAUACAACA